AUGGCUGAAAAUAUACCUGCCUGGACGGUUCGACCGACCGAAUGGGCAGUCCUUCGAGAUCAGAUUGCCUCGACUUCCAAGCCAACCCUUUCCGAUUCUAUCAGGCAGUCAUCCUUCAUCUUGAUCGCGCUUUGCUCGGUGUCUAUCUUCGUCCACUUCUGCUCGCUUUUGCUGAGGUUGAGAAACAAGCCUUCCUCCUCAAGGCGUAUUAUUGGCUCCACAAUCUUGGGCUACCAUCAACCAGACCUGACACUCAUCCUUCCGAUCAUCUUCCUCAUCAACGCCAUUCUCAAUGUUGCAUCGCUAUCCAGCCUAUUGUCGGAUGCCACUCGGUUGCAAUUUAAGGGUUAUACUAUGGCCAUUCAGCAGUUUAACUAUAGUAUCCUCUUGUCCGCGGGAAUACUACUGACCUGGGCGCUUGUCUGCGGCCUGCCGCCACUGCGUAUCGGAAUGUAUGGAGCCCCACGAAGUCGAUGGGGCCAACCGAGCAUUCCAUCCAUCCAAUCGAAGAGGACGCUUAAGCCAUCUCGACUCCACUCGAUUGUAUAUUCCAGUCUGGUGAUUGUGUUUUUGGUUCCUCUGCCAUGCAUCAUUUUGUCGAUGAAAGCAAUCGAGGAUAUCAACAAUCUUGACGCACAACUCGUGCUCACCGUCAAUCGCGUCUUGGAAAGUGGCGAUCAACCUGCGGUCAAUGUGGUCACUGAUGCCUUACAAACAAUCAGCAAACUCGAUCAAUCUUCUAAUUUCCUUUUCACCCAUAUUCGCAUGCUUUCAGCCAUUCAUCUGUUCCUAACCUUCGUAAUUAUAGCCUGUUGUCUCUGGGUUUCGCUGACCAUCAUUCGCCAAGUCGUCAAAGAAGUUCACCCUCAGCAGCCAUCUACAAUUUCCAGGGAUGAUGACCAGACCGAUACUUUAACCGAUCAAAACGAUUGCUACAAAAUUCACCAAUUGAAUCAUGUAACUGAACCCAAGCCAGUCCUGAUUGCCAACCAUAAUGGAAAUAUAUCUGGAGGACAACCUUCGAUCGAGAUUACGAAUCAUGAUAAAGACUGCGACCUUGAGAGUUUUGGUGACAAAUCAACGAUUCAAAACAAACAAUCCGCUUAUGCUAAUCGAACGGACUCAUUUGCUUCGGAAAACUACUUGGUCCCAACGGUUGAUGGCGAUCACAAUCAAGGCCCUGGAAGUGAAGCUGAACAAUCGAAGCGCUCAUCAAACUAUGUCAAAAAACUCAAGUCCAUUCUCCUUCUGAUUGGAACCUGUGGUUCAGGCUUCAUGGUUUUGAAUUUUUGUAUCAUGGCCAAUUCCUUCAAAUAUCCUGACAACAUCUCGAUCGGCGACUUGUUGAUUUUGAAGUUGGAAUGGUCCACCUGGUUAUGGAAUGGUUCCAUCAGCCCGUUGAUCGGCUUUGCGAACUGUUUUAUCCUAUUGAGUAAAGGUCGAUCAGUAAAACAGUUGCCUACUUGGCUGUAA